AUGUCGGAGCCAAAGCGACAAAAAGGAACCAAAGGGAAACGGGCGCCGGAGGCAGAGGAAGAACCCGAGAAAGAAUUAGAAAAUGGCCUAGAGUUUGAAGACCCAUACGGCGAUGACCUGGACGAAGAAGAGCAGCAGCAGCUGCAGCAGCUGCUGCGCAAGCAGCAGAAGAAGCAAAGCAGCAGCAGCAGCAGCAGCAGCAGCAGCAGCAAAAGAGCAGCAGCAGCAGCAGCAGAAGACCAGGAAGAUGAAUGGAGCGACGUUUCCGACGCAGAAGAAAUGCAAACGGACGAAGACGAGGAGAACGAACAGCCCGUCAAGGUGUGGCGGCCCGGCGUGGACACCCUUGGCGAAGGCGAGGUGCUGGAGUGCGACUCGAGCGCCUACGAACUUCUCCACAGGCUGCAGACGGCUUGGCCCUGUCUUUCUUUUGACUUCAUUCCAGACCAGCUCGGCGCCGCGCGCACGCGGUGCCCCCACACCUGCUACGCCGUGGGGGGCACUCAAAGCGACGGAAAAGAAAAUUGUCUUUACAUCAUGAAGUGGGAUCGUCUCCACAAGACGCAGCACGACGACUCCAGCUCGCUUUCCGGCGAAUCGGGCGCGGGAAACACCCCCGCGUUGGUGAACAGUUUGUUGACUUCGCUGUGCAACAUUUCGCCCUUCUUUAGGAGCGACGAAGAUGACAACGGCGAAGACGCCAAGUUGGAUUUCCGCCUAAUUGCCCACAAGGGGGCCGUUAACAGAAUUCGCUGCUGCCCCCAGGCAAGGAUGCCUCGCCUCGUGGCUGCGUGGUCAGACUUGGGGGUGGUUGGCGUUUGGGAUAUUGAGAAGCACCUCAAGAGGCUGGACGAGCCGGGUGCAGCUGGCCCUCCGCCGGAUCCUCACCAGAAGCCAACUUUUGAAUUUAAAGGCCACGGGACAGAAGGGUUUGCAAUGGACUGGAAUCCCCUUCACGGCGCGGGAAACACCCCCGCGUUGGUGAACAGUUUGUUGACUUCGCUGUGCAACAUUUCGCCCUUCUUUAGGUGCGUGGAGUGGCACCCCAGCGAAGAAGGGGUUUUUGCUGCAGCAAGUUUAGAUGACUCUCUCACCUUUUGGGAUUUGUCUGUCGAACGAGAAGAACCCACAGAAGUCCAAACUGCUGCAGUGCCCGAGCAGCUAAUGUUUGUCCACGGGGGGCAGCAGCAAAUUUCAGAGUUUCACUUCCACCCCCAAAUUCCAGGUCCACAGUUCGUGCUGGAUUGGUUUAGCCAAGCCAAGCUGCAGCAGCAGCACCUGCAGCAGCAGCACCUGCAGGAGCGGCAACUGCAGCAGCAACAACUGCAGCAACUGCAGCAGCAGCAACUGCAGCAGCAGCAGCUGCAGCAGUUGCACCUCAUGUUUAAGACACUUUGA